AGUAUGUAAAAUACCAUUUCUAUAGGAAAUCUCAAACUAAAGUAAAAUACCAGUCCAAGUUAGUGUGUGUUUAUAUAAAUUUACAACUGACUUAUGAUUCAGUACCAAACAUUUCGAGACAAAGUCAAAUUGAAAGAAACUUUCAAUAAUGAAGAGCAUUAUUUUAGUUUUAGCAAUAACAGCAGCCGCUUCAUCUCUGCCGAUUGAUAUAAUUCAAGAUGAAAAUGAUCAAGAAUAUUUGGUGAUUCCACUCGAAAGACAAAAAAGAGACUUGACAUGGGGUGCAAAUCAAAAUGGUUAUUCGUUAGGACAAAAAGGUACGCUUUGGAGUAACGAUCAUCACCAAGUCGAUGGUGAAUACGGUGCAUCAAAGGCUUGGAAUUCACACGGACUUAAACCUGACUCGUACAGAGGCGAAUUGGAUUACUCCCAUAAACCUUCGGGCUCCACAGCUUUUGUCGCUGCUCAUAGAACUCCAGGUUAUGGCACUGAUGGAGCUGCUGGAUUGAAAUACAGCAUAGCUCAAGGAAAAAAUUAUAAUGUAGAUCUAACAGGUCAAUACACACGGCAUUAUGGAGGACCUGGUGGUACAGGUAAACCCGAAGGGCAAGUGCUUCUGACAGGGGAAUACAGCUUUAGAUGUGGUUUGUGCUGGUCGACCAAAACGUUGCUCAUCUUUAAAGGAAAAAUCUCCAGAACGGAAUAACUUAUGUUUAUUUUUAAAAUUAUUAUCAACUUUUUUGUUUGAUGUAAUUUAAAAGUAUGUUUUUUAAUUUUCUCAAACUUCAUUUACUUUUCUCUUCGAUUUAUUGCCAAAAAUAAAAUUUUUCUUUAUGUUAAA